UCUAUCCAAAAAAUGAAGCUCUCCAACCGUGUUCUUUCAGCCCUUCUCCUUAUUUCUUCUAUCCUACUUGCUGUCACUACAGAGAUGGGUUUUGCGGAUAAAAUAUGCAAGACACGGAGCCAACGUUUCUCAGGUGUGUGCUUGAGCAAUUUCAAUUGUGCCAUAACCUGCCAACUAUUUGAGGAAUUUGAAAAUGGUAAUUGCGAAUUCGAUGGAGUCUUCCGUCGUUGUUUAUGCUCCAAACCCUGUUAAAUACCAUCAUAAUAUUA